UUGCUUAGCAACCGGGGAGUGUGUGCGACGGCGGGGGCGCAUGCGCAACGAACCCCCAUCCUCCGCCCCGCCCCGCGCUGCCCCACUCAGAGGAAGGCGGGAGAGAAGAAAUGGAGUCGAACUAUCUCCGGAAACAUCUAGGACAAUGUCUUGCUCAAGGACUUGCGGAGAUAGCCAAAUAUCGGCCCAGUGAUCCAAUAGAAUAUCUGGCGUUUUGGAUCUACAAAUAUAAGAGCAACAUCCUUGAAGAACACAUGAGGCAAAUAGAAAAGGCUCAGCUGAAGCGUGAACAAGCCUUAGCGAAGCUGGAAGAAGAAUUAUUGGAAAAGAUGAAAGCCGAAGAAGAGGCAUCUCUGCAGCUUGCUCAGAAACAGCUUCUCGAGGAGUCGGAAAAAGAGAAUCAAAAAGCUGAAGAAGGGGUGUUUGAGUAUUCACAGAAUGAGCUAGUCAAGACAUUAGCUGAAAUCAGUGAUAAAUACGGAGCACCCAACUUAAGUCGGGUUGAAGAACUUGAUGAGUCGGUGAUGUCUGAUGUCGCACUAAGUGCUACAAGUGAUCAAACCUACCAAGAUGGCUAAUCAUCUUACCUGAAAGCAAUAAAUAUUUUAUUGGUGUGAA